AUGUCGGGAGGUGCUAGUGACAACGUCCUAUCCCUCACUACCGACGAGUUGAAAGAGAAGAUUGCCGAGGAAGUCGGAAGGGCAAUCGAAGUUAGCCUACCAAGAUUUAUGGAGAGGAUGCAAAACACCCUACUUUCGACUAUGGAGGAAAGGAUUAGUGAAUUAAGAGAAGACCUUACCAAUGAUAGAGGCAAGGCUAAAGAAAAGAAGGGUUGUUCUUACAACAAGUUUAUGGCAUGUAAACCUCCGAUUUUCAAUGGAGAGGUGGAUCCAAUUGCUUGUCAAAGGUGGAUAAGCGACAUCGAGGGUGUUUUUGAACGAAUGCAUUGUGAUGAAAGUGAUUUCGUGGCUUAUGGAACUGGCCAACUUAGAGGCCAAGCCAAGGAUUGGUGGGACAAUCUCAGAAACGAAAGGGGUGUUGAAGCAAUAAGGGCAAUGACUUGGGAAGAUUUCAAAGCACCAUUCCUCAAACAUCAUAGCCCCAAGGCAGUGGUAAAUAAGAUAAAGGAGGAGUUUAUGCAAUUGAGACAAAAAGGUGUAACCGUCGAUAAAAUUACGGGGAUGUUCAUGGAUAAGCUCAAGUUUUGUGAUGACUUGGUCAAAACUGAAGAACAUAAAAUUUAUUAUUAUCACACCAUGCUUAGGGCUGAAUAUAGGGAGUUUAUGACCUCCUCACAUUAUGAAAGCCUCGCCGAUAUAAUCAAUGCGGCGCGGGAACGCGAGAUUGAACUAAAAAGGCAAAUUGAAAGAGGUGAGAGGAGGGCCUUGGAUGAAAACCCGAGUCCCACAAAGAAGCCAAAGAUAGGGCAUGGGAUUGCAAAUUGCCCAGACAAAGUAACGGUGUGCUAUAAAUGUUACCAACCGGGUCAUAAAAAGUCAGAAUGUCCGGAAUUGGUGGGAAAGAAAGAGAGUGCUGACUCUAGGAAUGAAACCCCAAAGGCUAAGGCAAGGUCGUUCCAAAUCACUGCUGCUGAAGCAAAGAUGGAACCCGACGUGGUUACAGAAGGAGUUAAACAUGAGGCAGAGACGUUGGUUAGAAGUGGUGAAAGACUACGACUGCGAGAUCCACUAUCACCCCGGAAAGGCUAUGUGGUGGCGGAUGCCCUUAGCCGAAAGGACGAAUGCGCCCCAAUUCGAGUACGGUCUAUGCAGUUGAUAGUAACUUCAGGUUUGCUUGAGCGAAUCCGAGAAGCCCAAACCGAAGCGGUAAAGGAAGAAAAUUGGAAGAAAGAACGUAUAAAAGGGAUGGUAAAAGACCUUACGGAAAGAAGUAAUGGGAUGAAAUACCGGAAUGAUAGGAUUUGGGUCCCAAACACAUGUGGUGUUAAGAGUCUCUUGCUUGACGAGGCUCAUAAGUCUCGCUAUUCAAUCCAUCCCGGAGCGACUAAGAUGUAUAGAGAUUUGAAGCAAAACUACUGGUGGCAGGGGAUGAAAAGGGAUGUGGCUAAAUAUGUAGAGAAGUGUUUGAUUUGUUUACAAGUCAAAGCGGAGCAUCAGAAACCAUACGGCAAUACGAGUGAGGCGUCGGGAAGUCAAGCCGGUGCGGACGCUCGUCUAAAGUGA